ACACUAAGAGGAACUACGGGGACCACAAUGCACCUCGGCCGCAGUCUCUCCGUUACGUUCACAUCCGCUCGACUCUCCACCAGUGUUGGAAAAAAGACUUUGUGGAAGUGCAGCGAUGUCAGUCCAGGUUGUGGCAGUGAAAAUGGCAGAGGUCGAACUCAAAGACGUCCCCAGCGGCAAAGGUCUGCCGGCCGAGUCUCCUGUGACACCCACGUCGGAGGGCAAGAGCCUCGGCCGGAGCGACCCCCACGAGGCCGGCUCCUCCGCCGCCGCUUCCCCGACAGCGGAGCCCUCCGUGAAAGCCGGGGACUGCAGCCCGGGCUUGCUCACCCCGAACCCCGCGAAGAUGCCGCAGACGUCGGCUAUGAAGCGCACGGACCCGCAGCAGAACGGCGGGGAGGCUUUUGUCAACCGUGACGGCACCGUCGCCGAGGCUCCGCGGAUGAAAAAGAUCCAGUUUGCUGACCAGAAACAGGAAUUCAACAAGCGCCCGUCUAAGAUCGGCCGGCGCUCUCUGUCCCGCUCUAUCUCCCAGUCCUCCACAGACAGCUACAGCUCAGCGGCAUCAUACACGGACAGCUCCGACGAUGAGACAUCUCCUCGGGACAAACAGCAGAAGAACUCCAAGGGCAACGGGGACUUCUGCAUCAAAAAUAUCAAACAGGCUGACUUCGGACGCAGAGAGAUCGAGAUCGCUGAGCAGGAGAUGCCAGCUCUGAUGGCUCUGAGGAAGCGGGCCCAGGGGGAGAAACCCCUCGCUGGUGCCAAGGUGGUGGGCUGCACCCACAUCACUGCCCAGACUGCUGUGCUGAUGGAGACUCUGUCAGCUCUGGGCGCUCAGUGCAGAUGGGCAGCCUGCAACAUCUACUCCACCCAGAACGAAGUAGCAGCUGCCCUGGCAGAGGGAGGGUUCAGUGUAUUUGCAUGGAAGGGUGAGUCAGAGGACGACUUCUGGUGGUGCAUCGAUCGCUGUGUCAACGUGGAAGGCUGGCAACCCAACAUGAUCUUGGAUGAUGGUGGAGACCUGACUCAUUGGAUUUAUAAAAAAUACCCAAACAUGUUCAAGAAGAUCAAGGGCAUUGUAGAGGAGAGCGUCACCGGUGUGCACAGGUUGUAUCAGCUGUCAAAGGCAGGGAAGCUGUGUGUCCCAGCCAUGAACGUCAACGAUUCUGUGACCAAGCAGAAGUUUGACAACCUCUACUGCUGCAGGGAGUCCAUCUUAGACGGCCUGAAGAGAACCACUGAUGUCAUGUUCGGGGGAAAACAGGUGGUGGUGUGUGGUUACGGAGAGGUUGGCAAAGGCUGCUGUGCUGCCCUCAAAGCGAUGGGCUCCAUCGUCUAUGUCACAGAGAUCGACCCCAUCUGUGCCUUGCAGGCCUGCAUGGACGGAUUCAGGCUGGUGAAGCUGAACGAAGUCAUCAGACAAGUGGACAUCGUGAUCACCUGCACAGGCAAUAAGAACGUGGUGGUGAGAGAGUACCUGGACCGCAUGAAGAACGGCUGCAUUGUCUGCAACAUGGGACACUCCAACACUGAGAUCGAUGUGACGAGCCUGCGGACUACGGAGCUGACAUGGGAGAGGGUGCGCUCUCAGGUGGACCAUGUCAUCUGGCCCGAUGGCAAGAGGAUAGUGCUGCUGGCUGAGGGUCGACUGCUGAACCUCAGCUGCUCCACUGUGCCCACUUUUGUGCUCUCCAUCACUGCCACGACACAGGCUCUGGCUCUGAUAGAGUUGUACAAUGCCCCAGAGGGACGCUACAAGCAGGAUGUUUACCUGCUGCCCAAGAAGAUGGAUGAGUAUGUGGCCAGCCUACAUCUGCCUACAUUUGACGCCCAUCUCACAGAGCUGUCCGAUGAGCAGGCCAAGUAUCUGGGCUUGAACAAGAACGGACCCUUUAAGCCAAACUACUAUAGGUAUUAAACCAGUGUGGGAGUCGGACUGUGGAAAUACCAAUUCUCCAUGAAUCGCACAGACUCGUAGAGGGAGAGAAGGAGGACGGAGGACAGAAUAGUCAACACACUUGCUUUAUAUUUGUGGGGGGGGGGGAGCUCCAACUGAGCCUGAAGAAGAAGGGGGUUGGCGGAGAGGAGUGGAUUUCCACGUGCUUAUGGCGGCCGUUUUAUUUAUUCACGCUUGACGACGAUAAUAAUAACAUUAACUCUGCGGAGCUGCUCCUGCAUUCGCCACUAGCUAGCUCCCCCGGCGUCGUCUUCUUCUGGGAGAUGUUUCACUUCCCUUCCGCUCUGCGUCACACCGUCAUUAUCUCGUUCUCUUUAGACGCUCAUUUGUGUGUCGAGUUGUACGUGAACCCCUUCAUCCUCCCCUCCCCAUUGCCAGCUCUUUUAUUGUUUAACUAUUAAAAAUGAAAUUAUGGAUGCUAAAAGAUAUAUACUAUAUAAAAAAAACUUGAUUAAAAAAAAUCUGUGUGAAUGAAGGUGACCUUUUGAAGAUUUAGUGACGGACACUUUUUCCUGUCCUCUUUUUUUGUUGUUUUUGUCUUUCUUUUCUACUUGUAAUUAUGUUUUUGUUUUCUCUUGUGUAAUAUUUACAAGGGCAGGGUUAGACCUAUCGGGCGGGGUUUAGGCGGGAUCUCGGGGUCCAAUCAUAUCAUGUUUUGUUUCAUCAUUUCGUUGAGAUUCACUGUCUGUUUUUAAACACAUUUUAUUAAGCGGUUUUGUUCUUUUUCCGAUCAGCCUGUAGUAAUUGUUUAUUGCGUCUUUGUUUUGUUUUUUAAGUAUGAGCAGUGAAACUAUCUCAUUAGCUGCUUUUCUCUCGGCCUCCAGCUGCUCACACGUCAACAGUGUUGAAGUCAUGGGAAAGUAUUUCAAGCUUAGUGAGCGCUGAACCUUUUUUCAGUUUGUCUUUUCCUUUACAAAGAGACGAUACUGUAAUCGAAGCAUGACAGGUUGUCAGAUCAUUACAAGG